GCCUUUAACGCAUCAUCAGCUGUGGUUGAAGCGGACCGGAUGGAGGUUGGGCCGUGGGCUGGUCUGCCUUCUGCUGCCUGACAACACGGGAACCGCUAACAUGCGCCCCGCAGAGCGGAGACCUGUGGCUGCCGCCGCCGCUGCACCGACCGAAACACCGGGAACAGGAACGGGGAGUUCGGAGGAGCGCUCCUUCCCGCCGCGGACUCCGUUCAGGUGUUAGCUUAAUGAAGCGGCUAACAUCAAGGUUAGCUAGCAGCGUUGGCUUCAAGUCCCGCCCGGUCCCGCCCGCCUCGGUUCGGACACUUUGGAAGUUGUUUAUGAAAACAAUGUACCCAGGAGCACGUAUUGCUAGCAUUAAUUCUUCAUCUUUAGAUGUCAAACGGUGAGUUUUAAGUAUGUUUGUGUCUCAGUUAAAAAGAUGGCUUUUUAUGAGACUGUCCGCCCAUUUAAACUGAUUAGCCUCACACAGUCGGAUUAUUUAUUGCUCCCUGUGGUGCAACUGUGCCCUGCCCAGUAAAGCGUCUCACUUCGCAUAAUGAGCCAUCAUUAUGGGCAUGUCAGGGCUGAGCAAAUCAAACCACAGGGCGAGGAUGCAGAGAAGGAGGCUGUGGACUCAGAGGAGCAGGUGGCCUCCCCAGACCCCUCCAGCAUCACUGCCACCACUGGAACAGAUGCGUCCCCCGGCCUCUGCAAACAAAGGGGCAGAGGUCACAACAAGCCGGCUUCCUGUGUCAAAGCAGCCCCAGACUGGCCCCUGCGAGGGCCCAUGGCUCCUGCUGUGAUAAACUUGAAUAAUCCAGGAUUUGAACAGGCUCUUCACGUCAAGGGGUCUGGAAGUCUUCUACAUGGUCCGUCAGAGACUAACGGGAACUAUUUGAUCAAUCGUGGGCCUCUGGAGACCCGGCGGGAGGAUGGACAGUCCCGAAAGAGGCGGCCUGUGACAGUAGACACGUCCAAAGCCAAAACUUCCCUGGAGGCGCUGAAGAUGAGCAUUAAGCAGCUAAAAUGGAAAGAGUUUCCUUUGGGUAGGCGAGCGCCCUGUGACAUCUACUGGCACGGCGUUUCCUUCCACGACAAUGAAAACAUCGUCUCAGGACAGGUCAACAAGUUCCCAGGAAUGCUUGAGAUGCUGAGAAAGAUCAACAUGAGCAGAGCGGUGAGGACCAUGCAGGAGCUCUUUCCUGAGGAGUACGACUUCUAUCCGCGCUCCUGGAUCCUUCCUGAGGAGUAUCAGCUGUUCGCCACACAGAUCCGUUUGAUAAAGGAGAAGGACGCCGCGGUGAACCCCACCUUCAUUGUAAAACCAGACGGGGGGUCCCAGGGGGACGGCAUCUACCUCAUCCGUGACCCCGCAGAUCUGAAACUGGUGGUGGGUUCACAGGCCAAGCAGGCCGUGGUCCAGGAGUACAUCCCAAAGCCGCUGCUGAUCGACAAGCUCAAGUUCGAUAUCCGCCUCUACGUGCUGAUCAAAUCGCUGGAACCGCUGGAGAUCUACAUUGCCAAAGAAGGCCUGACCCGUUUUUGCACAGAACCCUAUCAGGAGCCAAGCCAGAAGAACCUGACCCACGUCUUCAUGCACCUCACCAACUACUCCCUCAACGUCCACAGCGGGAACUUCGUCCACUCCGACAGCCAGAACACCGGCAGCAAGCGCACGCUCUCCAGCGUGCUCUACCGGCUGGCCGCCAAAGGCGUGGACAUAAAGAGGGUGUGGUCAGACAUCAUCGCUCUGGUCAUCAAGACCGUCAUCGCUGUUGUGCCUGAACUCAAGGUUUAUCACCAGGCGGAUAUUCCACCUGGGAAACCAGGACCCACUUGCUUCCAGAUUUUAGGUUUUGACAUUCUGCUGAUGAAGAACCUGAAGCCGGUGUUACUAGAGGUCAACUCCAACCCCAGUAUGAGAAUCGAACACGAGCAGGAAGUGGCUCCGGGAGUCUUUGAGUUUGUCCCCAGUCCGGUGGAUGAGGAGGUGAAAGUGGGGGUGAUCAGGGACACUCUGCGCCUCAUGGAUCCUUUCCACAAGAAGCCAGUGACGAGUUCCCAGGAUAAGAGCAGAGAAGACAUCCAGAUGGACGGGGACCCUGACAGCAGGAGUCCAGAUGAGAAUCAGCCGUCGCUGUGCCUGAAGCAGGUCUACCCCAAGUACACCAAACAGUUCAACCACCUGCGGCUGGUGGAGCGCAUCGCCAGCCUCUUCAUACGCUUCCUCGGGGUCAAGGGCAACAUGCGGCUCGGCCCCACUGCCUUCCGAACCUUCAUCAGGACCUGCAAGCUGAGCAGCAGCAACUUCACCAUGGCCUCUGUGGACAUCCUCUACAUCGACAUCACACGCCGCUGGGCGGCGGCUGCGGCCGACUCCAGAGAAGCAGGAAUGGGUCUGCAGGCGUUCGUGGAGGCCUUCUUCUACCUGGCCGGCCGCAGGUUCAGGUCACUGUCGUUGCGGGGGCAGGUGGUGUCCCUGCUGGAGCUGUGCGAGGCUCAGCUCGGGCCUCAGUCAGAGGACAGACGCUCUCUGAGCUGCGGCAGGGCGCCGCAGCCGCGAGCCGUCAAGACUCAGACGCCGUGCCUCACCUACUCCCAGCUGGCCUCCCCGGCUCCUCAGCGGAGGGCGGCCAGCCAGGACAACCGUCCACUUCAGACGCUGAAGCCCCGCACGCUGAGAGCCAGCGUGGAGAACUGACGGGACGGAGGCGAGCCUUCAUUCUCGCUCCGCACCAGCGAGGAGAAUCAGGGUGCAUCUCUCCCCUGCAGCUCCACAGAAAGACCAGCCUCACUCCUGCUGGCUGAGCACUGCUCUCCGUCUGAUUGCUUCUUUUCAGAUCAGGAGAUACCUGCAGGGGAGAUGCAGUGGAAAGUAAGAAAUAUGUAAGGAGACUGGUGGAUUCCUUCUUUCCCUCCUGCUGGGAUCAUACAUCCUCAGCGUGGCCCCAUCAGGAGGAAGAAACGGCUGCUUUUCAUUUCUAACCGAUUCUCCAGGGCAGCUAUUCGCUGAAACAUUUACAACAAAUUGAGACUCUCCUUUCAGGAAAAAAAAACACCCAAUCUGUAGAUCCUUAAACUCUAAAAAAGGAGAAAUUCUGCAUCUUGUUUUCUUAAAUUUGCACAGCAGUUCUUCAAAUCACUCCAUUUGAUGGGAUGCUGCCGGGCUCUUUUUUUGUUCUUUUUUUAGCGUGCAUGUUUGCGUGUUCAUCCACUGAUGAAUUUAUUUGUGUGCAGCUCAGUGGUGAAAGCUUAUUGACAGCCAGUGGCUCAGCUGUUUGUCCUCCAUGAGCCCAUUAGUGAUGAGUUAAGUGAAUAAGUAUUCACUUAUCCUCUUUCGCGUCAGCAUCUAUUUCUGUCGGACCUCUGCAAAUAUGUUUUUAGGCCGAUUGCUUUGUAGUCACAUAAUUCCCGUGGGGGAUUAAUCAUUUCAGAAGGAACUGCAUGGCACAGAAUUGAACCAUUUUAUCUGUUACAAUUGCAGACAACUACGCAAAAAGCACUACUAACUUUUAUUGUUACAAGUCGAAGACGUUUAUGCUGAAAGGAUCUGAUCUGAUGCAUUUCCGGAAGUGUAGUUAAGUUCACAUGAAGGAGAAAUUCUUGAAAAGUUUUUCAGACGAUGGAAAAAUAAAUGUUUUUCUUUCGACAGAA